AUGGGCCAGGCAUUUUCCGGGCCGAACGCCUUCCGCUUCUUGGGCUUCACACCCAAAGCGACCGCCGUGCUGCAGGCGACGCCCAUGCUGUUCCUCAUCCUGGUGCUGGUCCUCGCCGCCAUGACGGGGCUGGGCCUACUGGCGUUCUACAUCCACAUCGUCACCAACCGGCCGUACCGGAAGCCGAAGCCCCACGCACGAACGGAUCUCUCGUUCCAAGCCUCUUUUUCUAAAGACAACAGAGGGCCACCAACACCAACACCACUUGCGAAGAUCCAUCUCUCCGUCAUACUGUGGACUCCGUCCCCAGAUGCCAAUUACCAGCAUGUACGUGCGUCCGAGCUCCGCUCGCCGUCUCCUCCCACGAGGAAGGCCAAACUGCGAGAUAGCUCUGCGCCAGUUACCCUCGGUCCCACGACCGACGAAGCACCUGUUCGGGCUUCUGGCACACCACAGCCCUAA